AUCUAUGAAACUUGGCAAUCAGACAUUAAUAAUCGUCGUGAUUUGAAUGUGACAGGAAGAUUAUUUGAAAUUACACGAAAUCGUGCUCAAGGAAAUAUUCUUCAAUUAGGUGUAAAUUUUGAUCCACAAAUAAUUACAUUAUUUAAAGAAGUGCGUAAUUUAUUAUGGUUAAAUCACCAAGUACCACACAAUAUAAGCACUAGUGCAAAAGUUGCCAAACGUGUAUAUCCUUUUGCUGUAAGUCUUAUGGAGACAGUUAGAACUUAUGCUCAAACGGUUCAAAAGGUUCAAAAACAUCCUGAUAUCAUCAUGUUGGUAGCCAGUUAUCGCAAUGGUGUACAAUCUAUGAUCGCUAAAGGCAUUACUUUUGAAUGGAAAUACUUUGUGGACACUUAUGAUCGUAAUUUCCGUGGAGCGUUAGAUUCUCCUGAGAAUCAACAUGUUACUUUUGUCCGAGAAUUUGCAAAUACUGUAUCGGAAUUUCAAGAUAAAGUUGAUGACUUGAUUGCUGAUUAUGAAAAUAUUUCACGUCUAAUUGAAGACUUAAAAACUUGCGCAUAUCAAAUGAAAAAACUCAAUUCAAAUUUGGAAAAAGUUCAAAAAUUGACUGUCUUGUCUCACCGACUACAACAUGCUAUAACUUCAUGGACAACUGAAUUUAUGUCACCUAAUGACGAUCCUAUGAAUACUAUUGAACCAGCCUCUCAUGAAUCUUCAAUUAGUAAAGUUAUGAAGAAUAGGCGUAGGACUGUUAGAACCGAUUCAAUUGACGGUGAAAGACCAUUAACUGCAAAAUCUGAAAAACCUGUGCUUGUACGUUCUGUUCAUACAGUACGUAUCAAAAAUCAAGUAAUUUAUUUGGAUCCACCAAUCGAGGAUGCUAGAACUAAAUGGUAUAAUCAACUACACGAAUGGCUUUCAAUUGUAUGCAAUUUAUCAAGAAUUCAAGGUUCACGUUAUGAUAUUGAUCUACAAGUUAGAGGAUCCAGUGUUUCUCGAGAAACCACUUAUUCCAACUUAUUAGCACAAAUUCCCGAUGGUUCACUAGAGAAAGCAUAUGAAGUAAUUGAAGCUAAAUUGAAAGAAGUAGCUGAAUAUGUUAACAAAUGGCUCCAAUUUCAGUCAUUAUGGGAUCUUGAACCUAAUCAUAUUUAUGAUCGACUUGGCGAUGAUCUUAAUAAAUGGAAACAAAUUCUAUCGGAAAUCAAAAAAUCACGUACUACAUUUGAUAAUUCAGAAGUCGAACGCUCCUUUGGCUUUAUUGCAGUAAAUUAUGAACAAGCACAAACCAGAGUCAACGCCAAAUAUGAUCAGUGGCAACGUGACGUUCUUGCUAAAUUUGGUAUGAAACUUGGUGAUUGCAUGAAAGAAUUUCAUUCCGAAGUUUCAAACUCUCGUAAAGAACUUGAAAAUAAAUCUAUGGAAAGCAAUAAUACAAGUGAAGCUGUUGCCCUGAUUACUUUUGUGCAGGAACUCAAACGUAAAGUUAACAAAUGGAGCCUGGAUGUUGAAAUAUUUCGGGAAGGUCAAAAAACCUUGGAACGACAAAGAUAUCAAUUUCCAAGUGAUUGGAUGCAUAUUGAACAAAUAGACGGUGAAUGGAGUGCUUUACGAGAAAUCUUAAACAAAAAGAACAAUCAAAUCCAAGAUCAAAUCGAUGGAUUGAAAUUGAAGAUUGUUGCCGAAGAUAAAAAUGUUGAAGGUAAAAUUAAAAAUAUUGUUGCUGAGUGGAAAACUAGUAAGCCAAUACAAGGAGAUAUCAAACCAGAUAUUGCUACAAAUACACUCCAAAUUUAUGAAGGUCGUGUUACUCGUCUUAAGGAGGAGUAUGAUAUGGUUUGUCGUGCAAAAGAAGCACUUGACAUGGCCUUGGCUACUGAAGACAGUUUAGAUAUUGUUCUUGAAGAACUUAAAGACCUCAAAUCAGUCUGGAGUUCUCUUUCAAAAGUUUGGCAAUCAAUCAAUGAAUUAAAAGAAACCUUGUGGUCUUCGGUAGUUCCACGAAAAAUUCGACAACAAUUGGAUAAUCUUCUUAGUUCUAUUAAAGAAAUGCCAGGUCGCAUACGUUCAUAUGAAGCAUUUAAUUAUGUACAAGAAACCGUUAAAACCUACCUUAAGAUAAAUCCAAUUCUUUCCGAUCUCAAAUCUGAAGCAUUGAAAGAACGUCAUUGGAGACAAUUAUUUAAGGCUCUUAGAGUUGAAGGCCGUUUCCACUUAGCAGAAAUGACAGUUGGUCACGUUUGGGAUUUUGAUCUUAAGAAAAAUGAACAAAUUAUAAAAGACAUUGUAGUCCAAGCCACUGGAGAAAUGGCUUUGGAAGAAUUCUUGAAACAAGUAAAAGAAACUUGGACUUCAUAUGUCCUAGAACUUGUAAAUUAUCAAAAUAAAUGUCGUCUUAUCAAGGGAUGGGACGAACUCUUUACUAAAUGUAGCGAAAAUCUCAAUUCUUUAACUGCAAUGAAAAUGUCACCUUACUACAAAGCAUUUGAGGAAGAUGCUUCAUCAUGGGAAGAUAAAUUAAAUAGAGUUCAUGUCUUAUUUGAUGUUUGGAUCGAUGUUCAGCGUCAAUGGGUAUACUUAGAAGGCAUCUUUAGUGGAAGCGCGGACAUUAAACAUUUGCUUCCAGUUGAAACCCAACGUUUUUCAUCUAUAAAUACUGAAUUCUUGACUGUUAUGAAAAAAGUGUACAAAUCUCCAUUCGUUUUAGAUGUUCUAAACAUUGCAAAUGUUCAAAAGUCUUUGGAGCGUUUAGCUGAUCUAUUGUCUAAAAUUCAAAAAGCACUUGGUGAAUACCUUGAACGUCAACGUUCUACUUUCCCCCGUUUCUAUUUUGUGGGUGACGAAGAUUUACUUGAAAUUAUUGGUAACAGUAAAGAUGUCGUUCGUAUUCAAAAACAUUUCAAGAAAAUGUUUGCGGGCGUUGCCAAUAUUAUUCUUAAUGAAGACUGCAGUAUUAUUCUUGGUAUGUCAUCACGAGAAGGCGAGGAAGUUCCUUUCAAAACUCCAAUCAAAAUCAGUGACUAUUCGCGAAUAAAUGAUUGGAAAGUAUAA